AUGUCUUCAGGCCUCCCCUAUAAUCAGAAUGAAGCAAGAAUUGAAUCAGUAGAAAUAAGUGGUGGCAGCCGCCCUCGCCGCGCCAGCCGCCACCGCGCGCUCCAGCAUACCCGCGGCGGGCGCCUCUCGCCCGUGCCGGGCAGCACGGAGGCUGAAGCAGCCUCGCACUCGGCCGCUAGCGCCGCGCGGAACGCGUGGAGGGGCGCGCCGAGCUCGGCGCUCCUCCUCGCCGCUUGCCGCCGCAGGCCCUUCCCCUUCUCAAAUUCCUACUGGCCCCCUUCUCCUUCUCCUUCCCCGACCGCCGUCACCCCCCCCUUCCUCGACGCGUCGCCGGCCCAAGGUCCCGGACCCUCCUCUCGGAUACGAAUCGCGGCGGGUGGCGGAAACCCUAGGAACUCCUGUGGUGCCCUGCCCCCUGCAUCCAUCUGUGGCGCACUCGCGACGCCCUCGGCGACUUCUGUGGCCUGCCCUCACGACGGCAUCGUCUCCAGCUGCGCGCCCUGCAACUUGAGUUGGGGCGAGGCAAUCACAGCUGCAGGAACAAGAAAAAAUGAUUCCAUAUUUAGCGAGCUUCAAACCCAGAUUAAGAACAAGAAGUUGACAGUUGAUGUCAAGGCUAGCUCAGAGUCAGAUCCUUCCACAUGGGCAAAGAAGGAAGGCCUAGAAAUGAAGGAGCUCUGCAGGAUACGCCGAGGAAACAAGCAAGAUGGAUUUGUUCGGGUUAUGGUGUUCUUCCAUAAGUUUUAGGGUAAAUUGAAAUAGGAUUUUUCUGCAGGAAACAUUUGUGUUCUUGUUUGCCUGACCAGCAGUUCACAAUACUCCACAUGAUGCCCAAUCUCGAGGUUGGUCUUUGCUACUUGCAUCACUUAUGUAUUGAACUAAUUUUUUCAUGGAAUUCAUAUUUAAAUAGCUGCUUGUGAUCUACUUGUGCUAUACUUUGCUAAACUGUGCAUUACGAUUGUACUA